ACACACACACAUAUAUAUAAUCUUAUAAUUAGUUACUUCUUAGCAUUUACUAAAAAUGGUGGGUGCUAGCAAUAAUGGUGAGUACGAUUGGGCUAAGGAGAUGAAGGAAUUCGACUCAACGAAAGCCGGUGUUAAGGGUCUCGCCGAUGCUGCUCUGUCCGAGAUCCCAAAACUCUUUAUCCAUUCACCUGAGGUUUUGCACAGCAAUCCAAUACUCAAAAUAACCGAUGGCGGCGCACGACUCGAUCUCCCCACCAUUGACUUUCAGGGUGUGGCGGAGGAGCAAGGACGGCGGCAGGUGGUGGUUGAGGAGAUCCGCAAGGCGGCGCAAGAAUGGGGGUUCUUCAGAAUAGUGAACCACGGCAUUCCUUUGGAGACGAUGGACGCCAUGCUGGACGCUGCUAAGCUAUUCCACGAGCAGCCCACCGAAGAGAAGAAGCCGUUCUACUCGUCAGAUAGCAGGAGAAGAGUCAAAUUCAACAGCAAUUUACCCGUCCUCGAAAACAAUGCCGCCUGUUGGAGGGAUGUUCUCAGCUGCGUUUUCCUCGACGAUCAACUCGACCCUCAAGAUUUGCCUUCUGCCUGCAGAAAGGAAGUGCAAGAGUAUGUGAAAUACAUGAUAGAACUGAGGGAGGUAAUGGCGGAGCUGCUGUCGGAGGCACUAGGGCUUCCGAGCGACCAUCUCUUGAACAUAGAGUGCAUGAAAAGUCAGGCACUUGCAUGCAACUAUUACCCAAAAUGCCCUCAGCCUCACAAAACAUUAGGCUCGUCAAAACAUUCAGACACUACUUUCCUGACACUGUUGAUGCAGGACAGCAUAGGGGGGCUCCAAAUUCUUCACAACGACGAAUGGAUGGAUGUGCCGGCGGCACGUGGGGCACUCAUAGCAAACAUAGGAGAUCUGAUGCAGAUAAUAAGCAACGACAGGUUCAUAAGCGUGGAGCACAGAGUUGUGGCUCAGUCUGUGCAGAGGGUUUCGGUAGCGAGUUUCUUCACACCGAGUCUGAAAGCAAUGGGGAAGCCAUUUGAGCCGAUAAAAGAGCUUCUCUCUCCUGAAAAUCCGGCACUCUACAGAGAGUUCCUAUUCAGGGAAUACUGCGAACAUUACAAGACUAAAUUCCAGGGCGUUACCUCUGCCAAGCCUCAUUACAGGAUCCAAUGAUUAUAUACAGUGUCUCGGAUUUCUUCGAUCGAUCAGCUACCAGCAAUAAUAAUAAUUAUUAUGAUAUGAUAUAUGACCCCUUCAUAUUUUCACUUAAAAAAAAAAUAACGGAGCAUUCGAGAUGUUCCUGUAGUUUUUGUGUGUCUGCAUUUCGUAUUUAUUAAGAGAUUUUAUUAUUAAUCUUUGUAAUACAUAGCUUGUUUUCGUUCUUAUUUGUACCAACCCUUAGUGAUUGUGUUGGAACAAUUUAUUUGAUUGUAAGGCUUGAUCCCCUCAAUAUAUUUCUAUUCAUACAUAUAUGUACCAGUUUUUGCGAAUAAUUAGUCAAAUUAACGACACCAAUUUGUACUU